AUGGAAGGGGAGCACGUUGCGGUAAAGGCAGAAGUCCAAGAGGAGGAGCAGCUGAUGCCAGAUUCUCAAGAAUCGACGUCUUGGCAUCGGCUACAGCUCGACUCACCCGAUGAGCUGCGCCUCCACCUGUCCCUGCCCUCCGGCCAGUCCUUCAGAUGGAGCACCUGUCUCGUGGACGGGCGUGAGGUGUGGGCCGGGGUGAUCAAGCAAACCGCGUACUUCCUGCACCAGCCGCUCGACGACCCCGCCCUCGUGCUCUUCCGCUACCUAAACUCGUCCGACGCCGAUCGUGAGAGUGGAGUGGAGGUGGAAGCCAAGCGGCAAGAGCUCGAGGACUACUUCCAGCUGGGCAUGCGCAUGGAGGACGCCUGGAACAGGUGGACGGCCCAGCGCGAGAAGGAUCCGCCGAUUGUGGCCCACUUCAGGGACGCGUGCCUUCGCUUCCGAGGCCUGCGCACCCUACGCACCGACCCCGUAGAGUGCCUGUUCAGCUUCAUCUGCUCGCAGAACAACAACAUCGCGCGCAUCACGCAGAUGGUGAACGCCCUCUGCACGCGCUACGGCGAUAAGAUCGGCGAGGCAGUCGUGCAGCGCACCAGCGACACAAAGGCCGAGACGCGGGCGUUCUACGCGUUUCCGACGCUGGAGACGUUGGCGGGCGUGCCCGAGCGGGCGCUGCGGGACAUGAGCUUCGGGUACCGCGCCAAGUACAUCCCGACCGCCGCCCAGCAGGUGCUCGACAAGGACGACCCCGAGCUGGGGGCGGGGCGCGACUGGCUCUACGGGCUCCGGGAGCGGGCGGUGUCCCGCGAACGGGCGCAAAAGGAGCUCACCUCCCUCCUGGGCGUGGGCAAGAAGGUGGCCGACUGCGUGUGUCUCGUCUCGCUCGACAAGCUCGACGCGAUUCCCGUCGACACCCACGUCCGGCAGAUAGCGCAAAGGUUCAUGCCGUCGCUCAAGCGCAAGGCCAACAGUUCGCUGACGGACGCCCUCUACGGGGAGAUCUCGAGCUUUUUCAAGGACCACUUCGGCGCCAACUGCGGGUGGGCGCACAGCCUUCUCUUCGCCGCCGAGCUCCCCAUCUUCCGGCUGCCGAAGAGGAAGGCCGCGAAGAAGGAAGAAGACGAAGAGAACGAGAACGAGAACGAGAACGAAAGCGACAACGAAAGCGAGGCGGCGGUGAAGGUGGCGAAGCGGGAGAAGAAAGCGAAGCGGGAAGCCGCCGCCGCCGCCACCGUUACCACCACGACGAGGCGACGGAGCAGCCGAUUGAGCGGCAAGCGAGCCCUGGCGGUGGUGGAGGAAGAGGAGGAGAAAGAAGUGCUGGUGGUGAAGCGGGAGAAGAAGGAGGGCGAGAACGGCGAGACGCCCAUCACCUCCCGACGCAAGAAACGGAGAGCGUCGGUCGAGUGA